CUCGAGUGAGACUUCAGCUGCUCAACGAUGGUCUCGGCUUGCCAGUGGCGAGAUGGCCUCGCCUGGUGCCCCUAGAGGACUCGCUGCUCGGGGAGGAUAGAGAGAAGACGGGUCCUCGGCGGCCACAACCUGGGAUGCACAUUGGAGCCACGCAAUCCCGUUGCGCCUUCACUGCUGCACUUACGGUAGCGCAAUGUGCGAUGGGAGGGACCAGACGGCCCCGCACCGCCCGCAUUGUCACCGCGGCACUCCUCCAUCCUCACCAACACGCACACACGUUCACACACGCACACGCAGUGGUAUCAGUGCCGCUCAGCAGCCCCCAACCUCCAGGAGCCGCUGCCGUGCCUCCUCCCCCCCUUCCACCUCCACCACCACCACCACCAGCACCACCACCACCACCUUGUGCCAUCUUUGCAGACAAAAAGCUGGAAUAACCGCCUCACCCCACCAGGUCUGAGCAGACACCCGGCACUCGUCCGUUUCAUCCCUCAGUGAAGACAGAUCUUCAAGUCAGGUGACCCAUCCCCUCCCCGGGCAUCCCAGCAGGCAGGCAUGGCAGAUGGUCGGCAGCCAGACGAGCACUGGACCUCCAAUGGCCAGGAGAACGGCGAAAACGGCUACUCCGCCUAUAGCUCCGGCUACAGGGAGAACGGCUACCACGGUGGGGCAGCCGCGCAUCCUGGAGCGACAGUGGAUGACUCAGCCAAUUUGCCUCCCUCCCCUCCCCCCUCUCCAUCCGCCGAGCAGAUUGGGCCCGUGGCACAAGAAGGUAAAGUAGAGGUUGGGGAUGAGGAUGAGGAGGAGGCUCCGGAAGGGCCCAGCAACCACCAAGAGGAAGUGACAUAUGAGCAGCCGGCAGACUUGCUCUUAGAGCAGACAGAUUAUUUAGCAGAACCCCAGGCUUUGGGCUGCCAGCAAGCCCAGACACCUGAGGUCCUCAAUGGAGGAAGUCAUCAAGUUGAACGCAGCCCAUCACAAAAAGGCAUGGAGAGCUUUCAGCCCCUCAGUGUGGCCCACCAGUCCAGGGAGAGGACCACUUCUCGACAGAGAAGAUCUAGCCCCACGAGGGCGGUACUGUUAAAGAUGGCAAUGCAGCGUCGGGGGUACGAUCAGCAUCCCCCCCGGCCCGGUUCUGCCUGUAGCCUUAAGCGGAGCCCCCUGGUGGAGGCGGAGCUCAAUGAGGGCCGCCCCUCCUCUGCAUGCUCCCACCCGUCCCCUCUGCCUGACAAAUGGGCAGAGAAGGUGAGAACUUACCGCAGCCCAGAGAAGAGGUCAUCCUUACCCAGGCCGGCCAAAUCUCUGACACGCCACAUCCCUGCUGCUGAGCAAGAUGACAGCACCCCCUGCAGGCCAACCUCCAUCCGUACCGAGUCCAGAGCGGACAGCAGGCCUGGAAGAGCCCCUGGUAUGGCAGGUACAGACUCGGCCCGUUCUCGGUCAGUCCGUAGCGGCGCCUCCACCCCCGGCUCCUCCGCCGUCACGCCUGGCACACCCCCGAGUUACGCCUGCCGCACCCCGGGCUCGCGCACUCCCGGCAGCCACACGCCCAAGUCCUUCAGCGUCCUCCAGGAGAAGAAGGUGGCGGUGAUCCGGACUCCGCCCAAGUCGCCGUCCUCCGCCCAGCGGCAGCUGAAGGUCCUCAAUCAGCCCCUGCCCGACCUGAAGAAUGUCAAGUCCAAGAUCGGGUCCACCUCCAACCUCAAACAUCAGCCGAAAGGCGGACAGGUCAUGAUCCCAAGUGUGAAACUGGACUUUAGCCACGUUCAGUCGAAAUGCGGCUCCCUGGCCAAACUCCAGCACACAGCCGGCGGAGGAAACAUCCAAAUCCAGACCAAGAAGAUCGACUUGAGCCACAUCACCUCUAAGUGUGGCUCAAUGUCCAACCUCAGCCACAGGCCAGGGGGAGGCAACGUGCGCAUUGAAAAUGUGAAGCUGGACUUUAAAGACAAGGCCGCUGCCAAGGUCGGCUCCCUGGACAACACCAGCCACACUCCUGGAGGCGGAAAUAUCAUGAUCGAGAGCCACAAGCUGACCUUCCGGGAAACAGCCAAAGCUCGAGUGGACCACGGCGCGGAGAUCGUCGUCACCCACUCCCCCGGGAUCGAGACUGGGGGCACUUCCCCUCGCCUGUCCUCCGCCGGCAGCAUCAACCUCCUGGACUCGCCACAGCUCUCCACGCUGGCCCAGGACGUCACCGCCGCCCUGGCCAAGCAGGGCUUGUGAGCCGGGCUGCCUCCGCUUCGGAUACCCCCCCCAAAAAAAGAAAAGAAACGAGAAAAAAAAAGAGGAAAAAAAUCCACACCAUUACUCCCAUCAUUUUCAUUCACUGAAGUGUUUUCCCCACGGUCCCUCACUGCAACACGACCCCCACACACUUGACCCCGCGGGCUCCGCUGUUGUAGUUGAUUGACUGUCCCGUCCGUCAGCGACCCCUCCGCCCCUUCCAGUGGGAAAACUGAAGCCCGGUCACACCUUAUUCGUUACCUUCGUUCAUUUUCCGUCACUCAAAUGUGGACUUUUUUUUCCAUUUGCUUUUUGGAUGGGCCGAAUGCUAAAGUUUGACUGGAUGUGUUUUUGUCCGAGAAAGCAUUGAUGGUUUUUAUGAUUGUACAGUGAUAUUUUUUAAGCGCGGAUUGCAUCGCCACAUUCCACUGGUACGGGGGAAUACAUGUCAACGUGAACUCACGCAUAUAACGUCCAUCCAGAAUUUUUACGGUACCGAAAGCAAGAUGAUGGCUACUAGAUACUAGAAGCGAAUCUUAAGAUAUACGUGUGUGUGUGUGUGUGUGUGAUAGCGAGAGAGAGAGAGAGAGAGAGAGAGAGAGAGAGAGAGAGACGUAACUUACGGAAACAUGGCGUGUAACUGUACCUGCAAGAAGAAUGGCUAACGAGCAUGUCUGCUGAAAACGUGGCAUUUCAAGUCAUAACGACAUGAAUUGUUUUGUUCCUCGGUUGGAUCUUAUGAUUUCCUGAUAUGUGCUGACUUGUUGUACUCUUGUUCUGUUUUCUUUUAUAUAUAUAUAUAUAUAUAUAUAUAUAUAUAUAUAUAUAUAUAUAUAUAUAUAUAUAUAUAUAUAUAUAUAUAUAUAUAUAUAUAUAUGAUGAAUAUAUGUCGCUGUAGUGGAAGUUGUUACGGUUUUGUAUGUUCCCUGUGGCUGCCCUGGCUUAUUAGCACUUAAAUGUGGAUAACCUUUGCAGUUCUGUCGAGUCAAGUGCUAAAAGGCUAGCUUUCCAAUAGAUGAUCUCGUUUUUAAUCUUCUCUCCGCAAACCAAUGGGCUGCUCCGUCUUUUUCGUUUUUUGGGGUUUUUACGUUAGCUUUGUGGUUUUAUCAGGCUACAGCAACGCUGUUAUGCUGGCAUGGCAAAUAAGAUAUACAAAUUAGAUCCGUUUGGAGUCUGUCUUCAACCUUUCAGUGUGAGUGUAACUGGCAUGGGGGUGCAUCCUGUGACAUUGACUUGGGUCAUACGAUGUCUUUGGAUUGGUAAGAAAAAAAAAAGAGAAAAAGAAUAAAAGAAAAGGGAAAGUGAAAACUCUUUACAUGAAAACGUUUCUUUUGAAAGAGCGGCUACCUGGCCCUUUUUGUGUGAUCGAACCAGUAACUUUACAGGAAAUGAAAGCAAAAAAAAAAGAUGAAACUUACAGCUGUUAAAAAAAGAAAUCAUAAAAAAAAAUUACAAAAACAGUUCUAGCAUAUCCUCUUGCUCACCGUUGUGAACCCCCUCCUGCUCCUCCCCCCAGUGUCGGCUCGCCCUCCAGUGUUUUUUCUGUGCUUCCCCUACUCCUGCCCCCCCACACCCCCUGCCUGUGUAAACUGUAUUUUAAAAACCAUGUAGAUGUGUGCACACUUUUCCGAUGUUUGAGACGUACUGAUGACAAAUGCUCCUACAGGAUGACGACAACAGAAAUAAAGAAAAUAAAAACCGA